AUGUUCCCAUUCACCAAGAGCAACAGCAAAUCCCCUCCCUCCGACUCCCGCAGCCCUUCCCCGGCGGCCAAAUCCUCAACGCCGCUAUCUCAGGCCAUUUCUCAGGGCACAACUAACGCCACCACUGCCGUGCAGAAGACUGUACCAGCUCUAGCUCACACUAUUGACUCAAUCUUGGACACUCCACCGGCCGCCCCAAAACCAGUUGUACGGCCACCGGCCAAGUUGCGACCCUCCUGGAUCGGACCUGCAAGACCCGAUCGCCCCAGAACGCCCGGCGUCGAAGCCAUGAAGCAGUGUGUCAACGUCGAGUACUCAUCGCCUGGUCUGCAGUCGCCGGUGUAUGUCUUCACCAGUCUGAGCGAGCCGCAAUGGGAGGCCGUGGAGAUGCAGCAGGAGAAGACCGCAGAUGGCAGCAUCAAGUUCACCAAAGCGUUCGAUGUGGAGGAGGGCGACUACCAGUACAAGUUUCGCCUGGGCCCCGGAGACUGGUGGGUGUUUGAUGAGCGCAAGCCGACUGUGGACGAUGGUUUUGGCAACAAGAACAAUCUGCUGGUCGUGAAGCCUGAACCUUUCAAAAUGCAGCCCCCUGGUACUGACCACACAAAGGAAGACCGGGUGGAAAGCAAGCACGCGACUCCAGUGGCGGCUUCUGCAAUCUCACUUCCGCAGUACAAAGAACACACCCCUGCUGUUGCUCCGCCCGUUCACCACGAGGCCCCUCCGCCAGCACCACUGAUGAAGCAUGAGACUUUUGCCGUCCCUCUAGGCUCACAAUCGGAACAGACACCUGACUUGGAGUCAAAAAACCCUCUCAGCUCAUACACUAGUACCUAUGCCGACAGCGAGGACGACCUUGGCCGCGCCAGCGAUGAAGAAGCCGACCUAAUCCACACGUCUCCGCUCCUGCGACACGAAACCCUCCGCCCGAGCUCAGCAGAGCACGAACAUGCGCCUCUUUUUCGACAUGAAUCCAUUCCAGUCCGCAAUGACCUGGGUUCGGUGGCAAAACCAACUGCGGCAAAACCAACUGCGGCUUCUCACGUCGCUAGCAUCCCACACAUCCCACAAGAAGCAGACCCACACGAUCCGUCCCUCGAAAAGUUCCCUACUGAUCACGCAGGCAUCCUCGAGACCAUCCAUCGGACCUCGACAUCGCUCCCAGCGGACGAGACAUCCGAUCAUAGCCUGAGCUCUCCACUGUCGCAAGCGCUCACCAACUCAUCGGCUUCAACUCGAUCGCUUCCGAGCGUUGAUGAAGAAGCAGAGGAGGAACUGGAGAGGAUCCGUGAGGUGGAGGAAGAGGAAUACGAGCGUGAAGAAGAAGAUGGAGAAGAGAUGGACCCGUUGCGAGAGGGCGAUGCUCCAAUCACACCGCCAAUGACGGACGAAGAGCCCGAGGACGAUGACUUCGAGCCGAAGAGGACAUUCUCGGACUUCAUCGCGAAAGAGAGACUCAUCAGUGAGUUGGCGGAGGAGCCGAAGAAUUUGGUUAACCGCCUGACGGAUCUGGUCGGCGGAGAAGGAGUGGCGCUUGCUAUUGCCGUUGGCUUGCUGGUAGUGGCUGCGGGGCUGGCUGCGAUGCAUCUGUAG